GCUGACGAGGCAGAGAAGAGUCUCUCCAGAUCAGAACACCAGAUGGACAACGCUAGCCCUUCCUACCUCCCGGAGUCCCCGUUGCGUGCCUCUCCCGGUAGCAACUUACUGCUGGGUAGGAAGAGGUUGUCUGUGCUGCUGGUGGACUGCAGGAAAACAACAGGGCUGAGUGGAACUGUGAGAGGAGGAGAAGAGAAGAAAGGAUCAGAUUUAACUCAUCAAAGAGAAAGACCAGACUCAGUGGAACCAGAGCCAGGGACGUCCAAACCCGCAAGACAACACCAGUGCUCCCACUGUGGAAAGGGUUGUAACCGGUUAUGGGACCUGAAACAACAUGAGAAAAUGCACACGGGGGAGAAGCCUUAUCACUGCUCCCAGUGUGGAAUGAGUUUCUACUGGUCAGGGAGUCUGAAAAAACACGAGACAAUUCACACAGGGGAGAAGCCUUACCACUGCUCCCAGUGUGGCAAGUGUUUUAACCGGUUAGGGAACCUGAAACAACACGAGAAAAUUCACACGGGGGAGAAGCCUUAUCACUGCUCCCAGUGUGGAAUGAGUUUCUACCGGUCAGGGGAUCUGAAAAAACAUGAGAGAAGACACACAGGGAAGAAGCCUUACCACUGCUCCCUGUGUGGACUGAGUUUCUACUGGUCAGGGGGGCUGAAACGGCAUGAGAGAAUUCACACCGGGGUGAAGCCUUACCACUGCUCCCUGUGUGGAAAGAGUUUCAACCAGUCAGUGGAGCUGAAACGGCAUGAGAGAAUUCACACCGGGGAGAAGCCUUACGACUGCUCCCAGUGUGGCAAGUGUUUUAGACAGUUAGGGAACCUGAAACGACAUGAGAUAAUACACACAGGGGAGAAGCCUUUCUACUGCUCCCAGUGUGGAAAGAGUUUUAACCAGAAAAACAGCCUGAACCAACAUGAGAAAAUACACACAGGGGAGAUGCUUCACCACUCCUCCCAGGGUGCAAAGCAUUUGCCCAUUCCAGACUCGGUGGAACCAGAGCCAGGGACGUCCAAACCCGCAAGACGACACCAGUGCUCCCAGUGUGGAAAGUGUUUCAACCGGUCAGGACACCUGAAAGCUCAUGAGCGAGUACACACAGGGGAGAAGCCUUACCACUGCUCCCAGUGUGGCAAGUUAUUCAACCGGUCAGAACACCUGAAAGCUCAUGAGCGAGUACACACAGGGGAGAAGCCUUACCACUGCUCCCAGUGUGGCAAGUGUUUCAGCCAGUCAAGGGAUCUGAAAAAACACAAAAGAAUACACACAGGGGAGAAGCCUUACCACUGCUCCCAGUGUGGCAAGUGUUUUAGCGAGUUAGGGAAUCUGAAACGACAUGAGCUAGUACACACAGGGGAGAAGUCGUACCACUGCUCCCAGUGUGGCAAGUGUUUCAACCGGUCAGAAAACCUGAAAGCUCAUGAGCGAGUACACACAGGGGAGAAGCCUUACUACUGCUCUCAGUGUGGCAAGUGUUUUAGCCAUUUAGGGACUCUGAAACGACAUGAGCGAGUACACACAGGGGAGAAGCCUUACCACUGCUCCCACUGAAAAGGGUUUUAACCAGUUCGGGGCCCUGAAACAGCAUGAGAGAAUACACACAGGGGAGAUGCAUUACCACUCCUCCCAGGGUGCAAAGCAUUUGCCCAUUUAGGAAGCCUGAAAGAGCAUGACACAGAGGAGAAUGCUUACAAAAACUUAGACUUUGGGAAAACAUAUUACUCAUAACAAUGUCAUUAGAGAAUCCACACAGGAGAGAGAAAUUACUUCUCUUAGCGUGUAUAUUGAUAUUUCACAUCUCAUUUUUCUUACAAUUCAUCAGAUAACAUACACAGUGCUCCCAUCGUCUUAUAUUGUAGCCUUAUAAUGUGUUGACCUGUUUUUACCAGAUGAAAUUGCUUCUUCCAAUUAUUGAGUAACAUGUACCUGUUAAGAAACUGACUGUUAGAACUGUUAAGGCUCCAUGGAUUGAUGAGGAAUUUAAAAACU